AUGAGUGAAUCAGAUACCAAAUCACCCAACAAUACCAAUAAUACUACUACCACCAUCACCUUUGCCGAGCAAUCGGUGACAACUACAACACGUCGUCCACAAGAUGAAAAGAUCAAGCAAAAUCCAUUGACUCGCUCAUCCACAGGGCAAAGUACUUCAUCUUUUGAUGUACGCUCCGUACGCAGUGCCUUGAUGAACAAAAUGAACCUUGUUAAGCGUCGUCAAAUGAAGCGUGCUGAACAGCUUGAAAAAGUGGAAACCCCACCUUAUCAUACAAUGGACCUGGAAACAGUGGCUACAUUACUCAAGUCAGACCUCGUGGAUGGCCUUUCCGAAAAGGAGGUCGAAAGUCGUCGACUCGAAUCCGGCUACAAUGAAAUGGAAGGUGAAGGCGGUGUCAACCCUGUCAAGCUACUUUUGAAGCAAUUUUUCAAUAUCAUGGUGUUGAUUUUGCUUGUUGCUAUGGUUGUGUCCUUUGUAUUCAAAGAUUGGGUCGAAGCUGGUGUCAUUGGUGUCAUUAUGCUUUUGAAUGCAGGUGUUGGUUUUGCACAAGAAUACAAGGCUGAAAAGACAAUGGAUUCCCUCCGCCAAAUGGCAUCCCCUACAGCUCAGGUGAUACGCAAUGGUGAAUCGAGUACUAUUGCUACACGCGACUUGGUUCCUGGUGAUAUCAUUCUUCUUAAAACAGGCGACGUUGUUGGUGCUGAUUGCCGUGUGAUCGAGUCAUUCAACAUGGACGUGGAUGAAGCUCUCUUGACCGGUGAAUCGGUACCUGUUAGCAAAGUCACCGAGACGCUUGAAGGAUCCGAUAUCCCACUUGGUGAUCGUAUCAACAUGACUUAUUCCAGCACUGUCCUCACCAAAGGCCGUGGCAAGGCACUUGUUACAGCUACAGGGAUGCAAACCGAAAUUGGCAAGAUUGCAUUAAGGUUGUUGACAAGCGAUAGCAGCCGCAAGACACCAUUGCAACGUUCUUUGGAUCGUAUGGCUCUUUACUUGCUUCUUGUUGCCAUUCUUGCUAUUAUCAUUGUUUUCUCGGUGGCAAAGUUCCAGAUUGGUGAUUCACAAAUCCUCUAUGCUAUCUCGACAGCUAUUGCUGUUAUCCCAGAGGCAUUGGUUGCAGUUGUCACGCUCACGCAAGCUUUUGGUGUGCAUGCCAUGGCAAAGGCAAAUGCAUUGGUUCGCAAAAUUUCAGCCUUGGAACUUUUGGGUGCCGUAACCAAUGUGUGUUCGGAUAAGACUGGUACCUUGACACAAAGCAAGAUGGUGCUUACCCGUUUUUGGAGACCUGAAGAAGGAUUCCACAAGGUUGGCGGGCUUGGUUUUUCUAUCGAGGGCGAUAUCACGCGUGAAAGUGAUAGUACAAUCGUGGCCACGGAUCAAUUAUCAAAUGGCAUCAGGGAUAUGGUGUUAGCCGGUGCUCUUUGCAAUAUGAGUGAGCUCCGUAAGAACAAGGACUCUGAAGGCUAUCAUGGUAUUGGUGAUCCUACCGAGGUUGCAUUACAAGUCUUUGCAUACAAAGCCCAUAUGGGAAAACCAUCUCUUACUGAAUCUGAAGAUAAAGGAAAUUGGAAGUUGAUUGCCGAAUAUCCUUUUGACUCUGCCAUCAAGCGCAUGAGUAUUAUCGCACAAUCGCCGGAUGGAUCUUACUAUGCUUUUAUCAAGGGUGCUACUGAAAGAGUUAUUGGUUCUUGUGUUGCUGCAAGAAUGGGUGAUGAAACUCGAUCGAUGAACCAAAGCGAAUUGGAUGAGCUUAUCAUGCCACGAGUGGAAGAUCUUGCCAAAGGUGGUUUGCGCGUUUUGACAUUGGGAAUGAGAAAGAUCAAGGCUGAAGGCGAGAUUGGACCCGAUACAUUUACUCGAGAAGCCAUUGAACAAGACAUGGAAUUCUUGGGCUUGGUUGGCAUUUAUGAUCCACCUCGUGCGGAAUCACGUGCUGCUGUUGCCGAGUGCCAUCAAGCUGGUAUUACUGUUCACAUGUUAACGGGUGAUCAUGCUGCCACUGCUACUGCCAUUGCACGAGAAGUUGGCAUUUUGCCGGAUGACUAUGGCCUUACGGAUGAUCCUGAAAAGCAUCCCAAAGAUUUGGUCAUGCCUGCCACCAAGUUUGACAAGCUUAGCGAGGAACAAAUUGAUGCGAUGCCACAGCUUCCAUUGGUGAUUGCACGCUGUAGCCCUGAUACCAAGGUCAAAAUGAUUGAAGCUCUUCAUCGACGUAAACGGAUUACUGGUAUGACAGGUGAUGGUGUCAAUGAUUCUCCAAGCUUGAAGGAAUCCGAUAUUGGCAUUGCUAUGGGUCAAAAUGGAUCGGACGUGGCAAAGCAGGCUGCUGAGAUUGUGCUAGUGGAUGACAACUUUGCAACCAUUGUCAGAGCUAUCGAAGAAGGUCGACGUGUCUUUGCCAACAUUUCACGCUUUGUGGUCCACAUGGUCUCCGGCAACGUUUCUCAAGUUGUGCCCCUCGUGAUCGGUACCGGCUUUUUUGAUAAUACGAAUACGUCCGUUUUCUUGAUGACGCCUAUUCAAAUCUUGUUCAACAAUGUUCUCACAUCAUCGCCACCCGCCAUGAGUCUUGGUUUGGAGCCUGUUCAUCCUGAUCAAAUGCUUGUACCACCACGACCUACCAGCGAAGGCCUCUUUUCAACAUCGAAUGUGAUUGACUUGAUGUACUAUGGUUGGAUGAUGGGCAUCAUUUGCUUACUCAACUUUAUUGUGGUUGUCUACGGCUAUGGUGGUGGCCAGCUUGGUGAAUUGUGCAACAAAGAAUACAAUCCAUCAUGCGAAAUUGUUUUCAGGGCCCGUGGUACUGUUUUCACAACAUUGACGCUCAUGAUUUUGUUGCAUGGUUUCACAUGUCGCGACCUGGUGAACCCCGUAUGGACAUGGAGUGCAUGGACAAAACGCAAGCAAAACUACUAUUUGCUUGGAUCAUUUACUGGAUGCGUUGUAUUGAUGAUUAUCGCUCUUUACGUGCCUGUUCUCAAUACAGAUGUCUUCAAGCACAAGGGCAUUGAUUGGGAAUGGGGAAUCGUAGCAGCAUCUAUUUUGGUUUACAUCAUCCUCACUGAAGUCUGGAAAUAUUUCAAGCGCGGAUUCCUUCGUAGACGUCAGCUUCGUUAUGAAGAGAAAAUGAGACAAGAAGAUCAAGAACGCAUCGAGCGAUCUCGUGCACUUGAACAAACCCAUCCAUCCACAACAUAG